AAGUUGAACCUUUAUACUUUGGAGCCGAUGGCUCUGGCAACAGUCUUUUUUUUGCUGUUCUUUUUGCAUUAGAGACGCCUGAUGCUUUAUAUGUUACUGACAAAUAUGAAGUUUCCUAUGUGACUUUUUGCCCAAGUGAAGAACAAUCAAGCAAUGAACUUGUACCUUCGUUGGUCGCGAGACUUAAAGACAUGCUCGGAGAUGCAUAUAUUUUAGAAAGAAAAUCCACAAAUUAUCUCAUGUGGGAUUUAUUGGAGUAUUGUGACCUUGAAAAUGAAUUCGAUAAAAGUAAUUCACUUCUUCACCAAUUGGACAAAGCUUGUUGGGGUUGCUAUAAUAAAUACACCACAUCAUCUUCAAUUGCCGAGCUAUCAGAUAAUAGUGAAUAUACCACAGAAGGUUUAACUGAGUUUUCUUUAAUUAGCAUUAUCAUGAAAUGGAAAAAUGUGCUUUACAGGAAUCGUUCUUUAAAUGCCCUUCGGUUGCUCGUGCAAAAAGAACAGCAAAAAAAAGACUGUUGCCAGAGCCAUCGGCUCCAAA